CAAACAGAACCUCUUCAAUUUUGAAUUUACAGAUCCUCCUUUAGGAACCCUAGAAUCCUUCGGCGAACUAACUCUGUGUGCGAUUUCUCGAGAUAUCUUUUGGAUCAAGCGACAAUGGAUCUUCCGCGAGACGUCGACGACUACAUCAAGGACACGAUCGACCACUCUUUAGGGAUCCCGAUCUCCAUAGACGCUCUCCAGAAGAAACUCUCCGCGGCCCAAGAGUCUCAGCGUCGUCUUCGCGAACAGUACUCGUCUCUAGUCUCCAGGUUGAAGGAGAAAGAACAAGUAAUCGAACUCGCGAGAUCGGAAUCGAGCAUCAACGCGCAGGCCGUCAAGAAAUUCGUCGAAGAGAAUCGGAAACUGAGCGGCGAGUGCGAGGAUUUGGUGAAGCAGUGUAAGAAAUGGGAAAGAGAGUGCUUUCUUUACCAUCAAGACCGUGAAGCUUUGAUGGAUUUCGGGAACGAAUCGGACGAGAGGGCGAGAGAAAGUGAAUCUAAGGUUCGGGAAUUAGAGGAACAAGUGAGAACGAUGUCUGAUGUAAUGAAGAAGAGUAAAGUGGAAUCUGAGAAGAAGUUAGAAGAAGAGGAACGUUUGGUUGAUUCAGUUUUGGCAUCGUUUGUUAGCGAAGAGGAGAUUAAGUUCGGGCGUGUGUUCUUGGAGGCGAACAUUCAAGACCAGUCUUUGUUGAGCAGAUGGGAGGAGUUGAAGCCGUCGACGCGAAAGGCUGUGUCUUUGGUUGCGAUGGUGAAGAGGAUUGAAAAGGAGAAAGAGUGCCUCAUCUUGAAUCUCGCGAAAGCGGAGCAAGAAGUUGAGAUUGUGUGCGAGCAAAACAGAGAGCUAGAUGAAGAGAACCGAAAGCUGUUGAAGCAAUGCAGUAGUAGUGGCUGUCUACAGUGUUCUGCUGAGAGAAGCAAGUCCAAGAAGAGAAAGAGUCCUAAGAUGAUGAGCAGCAGCAGCCCAGGAUCUAUCAACGAUUUAUAAGGUAGUGUAGUGAAUGAUACAUUUUGCAAUGUAUUUAUUUGAACCUGAUUUGAUAACUCUGGAGAUCAGUGACGAAUUGAAGUUAAUUGUUGUUUUGAGGGACAAUCUCUGACUACAAGCAAUAUGUAUAAAAAUAUGAGAUUGUAACAGAUGAAACUACACUGAACAUACAAUUUUAUA